AUGGAACCAGGCAAUGAUACGCAAAUAUCAGAAUUCCUUCUUCUGGGACUUUCACAGGCCCUGGAACUGCAGCCCCUCAUAUUUGGGAUGUUCCUCUCCAUGUAUCUAAUCACUGUGUUGGGAAACCUGCUCAUCAUCCUGGCUGUCAGCUCAGACUCCCACCUCCACACGCCCAUGUACUUCUUCCUCUCCAACCUGUCCUUGGUAGACAUCUGUUUCACCUCCACCACCGUCCCAAAGAUGCUGGGUAACAUCCAGACACAGACCAAAGUCAUCACCUAUGAAGGCUGCAUCACCCAGAUGUAUUUUUAUAUACACUUUGCAAUGUUGGACUGCUUUAUCCUCACUGUCAUGGCCUAUGACCGGUUGGUGGCCAUCUGCCACCCCCUGCACUACAUAGUCAUCAUGAACAUCCAGCUCUGUGGACUGCUGGUUCUGCUGUCCUGGAUCCUGAGUGCCAUGGUUUCCUUGCUACAUAGCUUAAUGGUGUUGCGUCUGUCCUUCUGCUCAGACUUCAAAAUCCCUCAAUUUUUCUGUGAACUCAAUCAGGUGGUUCAACUUGCCUGUUCUGACACCUUUCUUAACAACUUUAUUAUAUAUCUUUUAAUUGUGCUACUUGGUGGUGGUCCCUUUGCUGGGAUCCUUUACUCUUAUUUUAAGAUAGUGUCCUGUAUACGUGGAAUCCCAUCAGCUCAGGGGAAGUAUAAAGCCUUUUCUACCUGUGCGUCUCACCUUUCAGUUGUCUCCUUAUUUUAUGGUACAAGCCUAGGAGUGUAUCUCACCUCUGCUGCUACCCAAAAUGCACACUCAACUGCAAUAGCCUCGGUGAUGUACACUGUGGUCACACCCAUGCUGAACCCCUUCAUCUAUAGUCUGAGGAACAAUGACAUAAAGAGGGCCCUGGAAAGAUUCUUUGGCAGGUAA